GAUGUCCUGUUGUUAUGCGCUGUUCUGUUUGAUUCAUUCUGCAGCUACCCAGAUGUUUUCUCUGGGAUGUUGGGAAAAAGUUUUGAUUUUUCCGACACCCGCGUCAAUUUGCGACAAUAUAUGUCUGUACCAGUAUACGAGCUCGUCAAUUGUUCUGCCUUUUGAUGAGCCAUAGUCUUGAGCAUUAACACCUGAUCUUGUGUCCAAUUUCAUGAGUUUCUUUGCGAUCUACCGUCAAAUGUAGUUUGCCAACUUCAGCUCGAAAUCACACACCAUAACAUGAAAGAUCUCGAGAAUAUUAUGUGAUGGAACGUUAAUUUCCGCCAUGAUGUGGGAUUCGGUUCUCGAAUUAAUUGGGUCGGACUAGAACUUGAGGGGUGGGAAGCAGUGCUAGAGGGUAGAAUUUGGAAGGAAGGAAAGAGAUUCACUGAGAAGCCGAGUUAAUAGGCGUUGGUUAUUGCACGAGCUGGAACAUCUUACUAAGGUUAGAUAGUUGUGUAAGUUAUCAAGGAUAGUGAUGUUUGUUGCCAAUGCUAGAGUUUGUCAGUGAACGGGAUGGGAUGCAAAACUUCUUGAAAGAUGGGAUUGAUCACUGAGCCUUAAUCAUCUAGGAAUUGAGAGAGCAGGGAGAAGGAAGCGUGGGCUUUUCUCUACAAUGUCGACGAAUAUGCAUGAUAUGUUCUUUCUAAGUAAUAACAUGUGCGAGAUUGAAAAGGGUCUCUUUCUAGGUGCUUAUUGCCACACAUGUGAUAGGGAAAAGUUGAAGAGUUCAAAUAUCACGCAUGUCUUGUCGGUGGCUAAUCUACGGCCUACAUAUCCCGAUGAGUUCAUUUACAAAGUUAUUGAUGUGCUGGACAUGCCCGACGCAUCUAUAAAAAAUCACUUUGAUGAGUGCUUCGAGUUCAUUGAUGAAGCCAAAAGACGGGGGGGAAGCGUGCUCGUUCAUUGCUUCAUGGGCGUCUCCAGGAGUGUGACGGUGGUUGUGGCAUAUCUGAUGAAGAAGCGGGGGAUGAGCCUAUCCCAAGCUCUCGAGCACGUGAAGCAGAGACGGCCACAAGCAUCUCCUAACAUCGGUUUUAUUCAACAACUUCAAGAUUUCCAGAAUUCUCUCUAAAUUCGAGCUACGAUUGCUGGAUACUUGCUUAUACUUGCUGGAGCAUUCAUAAACCUGAGACACCUGAUACUACUGCUGUAUGAGUAGAUAUAGCAGCAGUUUGCCCUGUUUCGAUUGUUUAAGCAUAAGGUCGAGGUCGAUGGUCUUCGUUGCAGUUCCAUAGCACGGCAUCCCUCGGUAACAUGUCUUGCAGGCAGUUUGAAGAUUAGUUUGCACAGGCAUGACAUUGUGGUCCAUUGAUAUAAAUAUGUAAGGACCAUGGGAUUUCCUACCUCCCAAAAAGAGAUAUUCCUCCAUCAGAAAAAAUCCCGACGUACAUUCGGUCGGAAAAAGGAAAAGACGCCGAUCAAUUUGCAA